AUGCCGGGAGCACCCCGUUUUACCCAAAAACCGUCAAUUCAACAGACGGCGUCUGGAGAUUUAUUAAUGGAAUGCCUUUUAGAGGCAGACCCUCCACCCGAUGUUAAAUGGCAACAUGCUGGUACAGCAAUAAAUGCUUCUAGUAGAGUUAAACUAACUUUGAAUAAAGUUAGUGGAAAUCUGUACAAGGCUAAUUUAGUCAUAAAAGAGCCUAGCGCUUCGGACGGUGGCGCCUAUAAAUGUACAGCAAGCAAUCAAUUUGGCGAAUCAAAUGCCAAUAUUAAUUUAAAUUUUGCUGGCGGAGAAGAGCCUGGAUCGGCAGAAAAGACAGCUAGAGGACCUACUUUUGUUGGAAAGCCUAGAAUCAUGCCCAGGGACGGGGGCGCUUUGAUUCUAAUGGAAUGUAAAGUGAAAAGUUUAACAAGGCCCCAGGCGAAGUGGAGCAAGGACGGUGUUCCUCUUCAAAUGGGUGGCUUAUAUCAAAAUGUUUUUGCUGAUUUGGGGGAUGGAACUUUUCUUUGCCAAUUAGAAAUUCGAAGGCCAACAGCUAACGAUGCUGGACAGUAUCGUUGUAAUAUCAAAAAUGACCAAGGAGAAACUAAUGCUAACCUAAAAUUGGAUUUUCAACAAGAAGAAGCCCCUUCAGAUUCUGGUUCUCGUCGCUCAAAAACUCCAUCUCGCCCAGGCACCCCUUCAUCCAAAAAACAUAGAGAAGGAACCCCGGGUGAAAAAAGAGAGCGAAGACAUAAAUCGAAAUCUAGAGAGGGGUCACCUAAAAAACAUAUUCGCUCAAGAACAGCUACACCAACACAAGAAGCUGAAGGAGGGUUAAAACCCCCUGGGGCAGAUACAAGUCGAGAACCUACACCGAAGAAAAGUCGUAAAGCAUUAGAAAGUGCUGAUAAAGACGGUCUUCCACCAGCACCUAAAGAACGAACUAGAAGAAGCCGUAGCCGAAGCAAGACACCUGCUCGCCAAGGACCGGAAGGACAUAAACGUGCACCUGUUGUUGUUGAACCUCUCAAAUCACAGGUGAAAAUAUUAAAAUAA